AUGUCGACAAACGAACAAGAAAUCCCACUUAAAACCAUAGCUAGGAUAUUUAAAGAACUUUCAUUCAAAUCAUCAAAUACUAGGAUCACCCUAAGUACACUUGAAUUAUCAAGUGAAUAUAUUAAAUUAUUCAUCAAUGAGGCAAUUAUCCGUGCUAAUGAAGAAAGAUUGGAUGAAGGUGAUUCUUUGGUUAAAAUAGAUGGAAUUGAUAAUGUUACCCAAUAUCCCAACAUAGAAGAAGAUCAGGAAGAGGUAAAUGUUGAAGACAUUGAAGAUUUUGAUGAAGAUGAUUAUUAUGAUGAAAUUACAAAUUCUCAACGACAAUUGAAAAAAUUAGAAAACAACACCACUGGUGGUAAUAAUAGAUUAGAUUCACGUCAUUUACAAAAAAUAGCAGGUGUAUUAACUCUAGAUUUUUAA